AUGGAGAUCAUUGCAACCGCAAGGAACACAUCUGGAGCGUCCACUUCCAACGCUAUUCAUCAGACCGAGUGGAGCUUGGAGAGUUUUCUCCAACAUCACCCAGCCAAAUUCAAUGGAAAGUGCCUUCCUGAUGAGGCAGAUCAGUGGCUGCGUGAUAUGGAACGGAUCUACAAUGUCAAGAGGUGUCCUGAUGAUAAUAGACUGGCGUUCACAGAGUAUCUCCUAACUGGGGAAGCCAGUCAUUGGUGGACGAGCAUGAAGAUGAUAUUGGCGGACGCUCAAAGUCCCAUCUCUUGGGAAGUCUUCAGAAGCAAGUUCUAUGAGGAGUAUUUCCCUGAUAGCGUCCGUUUUGUCAAGGAAGUGGAAUUUCUUCAGUUGGUGCAGGGGGGAAUAACAGUUUCAGAAUAUACCAACAAGUUCAAACACUUAGUGAGAUUUAACACUAUGGUGACCAGUGAAGAAUGGCAGUGUAGGAAGUUUGAGAAUGGGCUGAGGAGUGAGUUGAAGCUGCUGAUAUCCAGCCUAUGUAUUAAGUCCUUUCCUACCAUGGUUGAGAGGGCUAAAGUAUUGGAGAAGAAUGUGGCAGAGGUGGAACAACAGAAGAAGCAAUAA